UUUACUUUCAGAUAUGCUAAAGGUUUUGGUUUGGUAGAAAUGAUUUUCUCCAAUACAAGUAUUUUAAAUCAGCCAAAUACUGUUUAUGGGAUGGCCUACUAUACUUUCCAAGCCACACUUGGUAAAUAAAGUAAAUUAUUUGAUCAGUGGAGCAAUCUGUUUGAACUAUUUUUAUGAACAGAAAACUGAGUCCACACAAUUCCAGUAAUUUCUCAUUAAUCAUUAGUAAUUGAAAUAGAAAAAAAUAUUUAAUUAAUUUAGCUCAAAUUUUUGUUAAAUGUGUCUCAAGAUAGUAAAUGAAUCCCAAGGACGAAACUUUUGUGUUUGUGGUAAUAUUUUUUGAAAUGAUUAUAGUGCCUGGCCAAACAUAUGUACAGAUCAAGAAAUAAAUUUAGUAUUUAAAAAAAAUUUAAAACACAGAACGGAAUCCACUAAAAAUGAUUACAAUUUUUUUUUUUUAAAUUUUAUAUUUCAUAACAAAUUUAACAUCUAAACUAUUAAUAUUGUUACAAAGAUCUGGGCCUAUAAUAUUUUAAUUGAGAAUCUAUAUUUCCGAUAUAUAGAUGGAUGUGACUUGUGAAGAAUUUCUUAUAAAUAGAAGUUCCCUUUCUUUGAAAAUUCCUGUAGCACUUUGAAUAAACUUUUAUCUUAACUAACAUGAAAGAAAAUCAUAUUUUGCAUUUAAAAUUUAAAAAAAUAAAAAAUCUUCUUUUAAAAUUUUACAGCUUUGAAUCCCUCAUCUUCAACAGCAGUGGUUCAGACAGUUUUCAGUGUUGUUGCCAAUAUAGGCUCUGUUUACCUUGGAUAUAUUUUGUUCUACAUUAUCAGAGACUUCUGCAUUGUAUGUGUUUCAACAUAUUUAGUUAACUUUCUCAUGCUUAUAGUGAUAUUGAUUAAACUGAAAAAUGCAGCAUCAGAAGACAUUAAAAAAAGUGUGAAGAAGAGAAAAUAAAUUGCUGUUUAAAAAAAAACAAAUAGUCAUGUGCUCUUGUGAUUACUGAUUACAUUUUAAUAAUAAUAAUUUAGAUGUGCCUUUAAAAACUUAAACAUUUUAAAACCCAUUUACAUUCUUCAAUAUUUUUUGUCAUAUGUGUAUUAUCUGCGCUCAAAAGCACAUGGCAUAAUAUUGUUUAAUUUGAUGUAGAAGAAAACACAAAUACAUGUAUAUUCAGUUCCCUUUGAACCCAGAUUUUUAAAAGUUAAUUUUUUUUUUUUUGUAUACCGGUAUUUUAAAAAAAAAUAUUUUUUUAAGAGGGUUACUUUUCUGUAAUAUGAAACUCUUCUGCUAAUUUGUUUAAAUUUUAAAGGCAUUUAAAUAGAAAAACAAAAAUUAAUAAGAUCUAUCAGAGUGAAGAAGGUUUUUUUAAAUUCAACUUUACUUGUCCUCGUUGAAUAUAAUUUGUUUAGACUGAAAAGGGUUAAGUAAUAAAUUGUCUUAAAAUAUGUUUUAAAGAAUAACAAGGUCUGUGUUUUUUAAUCUUCACCUUAUCUUAGAACUAUUGAUAAAAUAACCUGCUCCAAUCGUGCUUUUGCAUGCACCUAAUCCAGAUGUUUUUAGUGACCUGUAGUAAAUAGUUUGAGUCAAUUUAAGCUGGUCUCUACAUUUUGAGUUCCUUUUCAUUUAUGAUAAUGUUAAUUACAUUAAUAGCCAUUGUCAUUUUUUGUUGUUGUUUUUUGGUACCAGGCAGGUAUCACAGAAAAUGUAAAGUGUGCUGCUGUUUGAAAUGUUAUUAUACAUUAACCUCAGUUACUUUUCUUUUAUGUUAGUUUAAAAUUUAUAUAAAGGAGAUAACAGUAGAUUUCUGUGAAAAAGGUCAGGUAGAAUAAUAUAAAAGUCAAUAUAAAGUUAACUUUAAAAGUUCAAUUGGAUUACAUUUUGCAUUUUGAAAUUCAAAAGCUACAUCCCCUUAUAUAUUUGCACAAAGCAAGCCAAGAAAUUUGUCUGUUUUUAAAUUCAUUGUUUUCAAAAUUGUAUGUGAAGAUUUUUUGUGUGUAAUAUAUCAAAACCUGUCUGCUCUUGAUGAAUGACACAAAAGUCAUACAAGAUGACAGACAUAAAUCUGUGCUGCUAGAAGUAUUUAAAAAUCUGUGCAGAUGAUUAACUUUCAUAAACAAUAUAGUAAAUAUAACUUAAACAUUCAGGUCCUAUAGCUAGGAUGUAAGAUUUGGGACAAAAGUGUUUGUGGGGAGUUUAGUAGCAGUGAUAUUGCUUAGCUAGAACUGAUCAAUGGAACAUUCAUUAUACAGACCUUUUUACUCUUACGAUUUUGGCGUACAAUGUAUGAUUUUGAGGUAUAUACAUUAUUUAUACUGAAUGUUUAUUUUUUACUACUAAGCUAAAAUAUUGAACGAUUUUGUGAUGAUAUUUUAAGAGUUUGGGGGUAAACAGGUGUGAUUAUAGUACCAAAGCUGCCGAGCAGCAAAAAAAAAAAGUCUUUAAUUCAAGGUCUAAAACUGUGUAACCAGCGUCUGAUGACUGAAAAUAACAGUGGAAGAGAUGAUGAAAUGAUGAAAUCACAAAAUUAUGUUUUGCUCAUCCUUUUAACACUGUUGAAUUGAGGAGAAAAUUUUUUUGUACCCCUUUUUUGGUCAUAUUGUUAGCAAUCUCACUAGCAUAGCAUCUUAAGAAAACUUAUCUAGAUGUAAUAAUAACUGAAGUUUUUUCAUAGGAUUUCAAAGAUUCCUUGAAACAGCCAGUUUAAAAUAUGCAGUCUUUAAUUACUUUGUUUGAAUUAUUCAAUGAAGAUUUAUAUUUAAACAAAUACACAUAAACUUUGUUGAAUUGGACCCAAGUGCUUUUCUGGGGCAUUCUGAUACAGGAACGAAGCGGUUUACUGAUCCACUCUACUAUAGGAAUAGCAGCCAAAAGAAAUACUAUUGCAGUUUUUUCAUAUUUGUUUAUAUUUUUCCUUUAACUUUAAGGGAAAGUUGAUUGUACAUAACCAUGUUCUCUAUCUCAUUACAGUGUAAGCAAAUUAAAAUAAUAAUUAUAUUCAGUAUCUGUUAAUUUGAUCUUGUUUUAUUGUGAUAUUCAUGAAGCAUACCAUGAAACUUUUACUCAAGAUCAGGCCACUGUUAGAAAGGAAAUGAAAGUUUAUUACUGCAUUUUAAAUGUUAACAAAUUUACUGCUGUAUAAGUGUGAUCGGGGAAUUUCUUCUGUGCAUGAAAUUGCAUGUACUCUAUCAUGUCAUAUUUUAUGAACACAUUGUUAUAAUUUUCAUAGUUAAAGUAUUGUUGUAAUCCACAAAGUUAGGGUAUUGCCAUGCUCUAUAAUUUAAGGCAUUGACAUUAUAAAAAAAUUAAGUUAAGGCAUUGUCAAAAUCCAAAAAGUUAGGGUAUUUUUUUUCACAAAGACCAACAGGCUUUGUUAUGCAGAGAUCUCUUUUUUCCACCUGAAAUAGACAAUAUGGUCUACUUACUUCCUCUUUAAUGUGGAUUGCAAUUAUUUAGAAUUAAACAGUCUUUUUUUAGUUCUAUGGUUUCAUAAGUUAUACUAUAGGUUGAUGUUGAACCACUCACAUUGUUAAGUUCUAUGUACCAGCAAGUCUUAUACAUUUUGAAUAUCUUCUAUUGCUAUGUUAUAAUAUGUAAGACUUGUAAUUUGAAUACUCCCAUAGUUAUUUGUAACACUUCUCAUUUUAUUUUACAAUAAAUGUCAAGAGAAAUAAAUGAAUUUUCACUAACAUCUGCUUAUCAUAUUUUCAUCGUUAUUGGUAAAAUGUAAUUGUUGCUGUAAUUGUCUGACAUAUCUGCUCUUAUGUAAUGUUAUGGCUUCAUCAAAACUAAACUGGUGCCGCUGGUAAGUUCACAUUGCCCUAGUUGGCCAAUAAA